AAGCCGUCGUCUGCUAUUUGUUUUAGAGUGCAGAACUUAAAAGAUAGAGAUCUCUUUUACGCUGUAAAUCAUAGAUAAUAUUGAUUACCGUUAAUAUUUCUGAAAUUAUUAGAAGCAAGACAGAAGACACGAUGGCGAGUUGUAUGAAAACAUCACUUCUUGUCUUGAACGUGAUAUGUUUGUUGGCAGGGCUCGCAGUUUUGGGAUUAGGCUUUUGGGUGAUGUUGGAGGGGUCAAAGUACAUUGUUCUUUUGGAAGCCAGCCUUUUGUCCAAAGCCUCCUACAUAUUGAUUGCUGUCGGGGGAUUUGUCGCCUUAAUAUCGCUGGUUGGUUGCUGGGGUACCCUAACCGAGAACAAAUGUCUUCUUGGAACCUAUUUUACCUGCCUGCUGCUGAUAACUCUGCUACAAGCUGCGGCCGCUGUGUUGGGUUUCAUGUUCUUUGAUAAUGUGGAGAGCUAUCCAGACAAGUAUGUCGGAGAUGCUAUUCUGAAGACGUACAGCCUUGCCGGAGAAAACCUUGUUACGAAAGCAAUAGAUACCAUACAAAAUGAGUUUAAUUGCUGUGGAUACAACAGCCCUUUUGACUGGGGACAUUCUGAAACCUUCAACAAUACCAUAGUGGCUGUUCCUGUAUCCUGCUGCAAAAACAAGAAUGAUGCCAUGUGUAACCAGAAUGUGCCUUCAACUAAGAUCCACAUGAAGGGAUGUAAGACAAUGUUUGUGUCCUGGCUGGAAGCCAAUGUAAAGGUGAUAGCGGCCGUGGCAAUCUCUGUAGUGUUUAUACAGUUGAUUGCAAUGGUAUUUUCACUGUGUCUCUGUAAGCAAGCCGGAGAGAAUAUCCAUGUGUAGAGCUCUAUACACACGCUGUUGGAUCUGGGUCAAUAUUUUGAUCUAUGUAUAUCAAUUUUAAUUGAUUCAACUUUUUCCAACCUAAAUAUGAUUUUAAGCUUUGUUAAAAUACAUAUUUUCUCUGUAUAUGUACAGACUUGAUAAAGAUAUGGUAACAGUGUAUAUACAUGUAGGUAUGUUAUUACAUUUUAUGCAUGUUCUAAUUGUACAGACUUGAUCAAUGCAUUUCAAUCUUGGCUGGUAAAUUGUUCAGAACAAUUGUUAAUAUUCGUGAAUGCAUGACAAAGACAUGUAAUUCAGAAGUGAACAGCUUUGGUAUUGUUUAUUUGUAAAGAAUUGGCAGAUUUAAGUAUCGUUUUUUAAAUUGUAUAAUCAGUAUGUCAUUUGAUAACGUUUAAAUUGUUCGUGACAGUUUUCUCUCAUCCAUGAGUAGGACACUUCUUGUGGAUGGAUGCAGUUUGAUUUCUUUGCGAAUUUGAGAUGUGAAUUAUAGACAAAACAUCAGUUGUGUAAAUGAAUGCUAAUAUCAUCAGUGCACGUCUCCUUUGUUGUAGAUAUGUUGUUCAAUCACGGAUUCAGCUUACUAGAAAUUAUGUCAAUACAUUGAUUCACUGUCAUUUACUGUUGAAAUAAUAUUUUUUCUUAUUCAAAUUAGACAGAAAAUAAAAAGGAUCACAAUAUUGUAUUUGCAUAAUUUCCUGCAGAUCAUAGUAUUGCGAGACUUUUCUGCUGUAUAUAGACAAUGUUGGUAUACUCUGAUAUUAUUGCCAAUGAUUGAAUUGUGCAGUGUGUAAAAAUACAAUGUUUGAGUUAUUUUAGAUUGUUGAAUAUUAAUAAAAUGUUUGUUGAUUCAUAAAAGUAUUUUAUAUACUUAUUUCCUUGUUCGAUAUGAAGCUCGACGUAUUUCAUGCUCGUAAAUAUGUUUGACAGGUU